AUGAGGAUAACAAGCAACAUUGAACAGCAAACAAAAGAGGGAAAUACCCGAAAGUCAGUGGGAAGGAAAAGGUCAAUUGGAAAGCCACAUAGAACAGACAGUCUGAAUUCCAGCCUUAUUAGCCACCAGAGGAAUCACACAGGAGAGAAAACCAUUGAGUGUUCAGAUUGUGGGAAAUGUUUCUGUGAUAAUUCCAACUUGGUGAUUCACCAAAGGACUCGCACAGGAGAGAAACCAUUUGAAUGUCCUGAUUGUGGGAAAAGUUUCAAUACCAAUUCCAGCCUGGUUAGACACCAGAGGAUUCACACAGGAGAGAAACCCUUUAAAUGUCCUGACUGUGGGAAACGUUUCAGUCAGAAUUCCAACCUCAUUUGCCACCAGAGGAUUCACACCAGAGAGAAACCCUUUGAAUGUCCUGACUGUGGGAAAGAUCUUAGUACUAGGGUUAACCUUAUAAAUCAUGUCCUUAUAUACACAGGGGAGAAACCGUUCAAGUGCCCUGAGUGUGGACAGUGCUUCAGGCAACAAUCCACCCUUAUCGCACACAGGAAAAUCCACAUGAAGCCUCAAGUAAGAAGUGUAGAGAAGUGUAAUUUGACUACAAAGAAUUUGUAAUGGGGAAAAGAAAAAAAUGGAACAUAUUACUUUGAUAAUGGUUAUCUGGCCUUCAGCGUAAGUAGUUGCUGGAUAUUUAAUUUUGUAGAAAUUGGGCAAUUAUAUAAAAAUAUUUUUGGGAGUGUUCUUUGCGUUUUUGUGAUGGUAGAUGAUAGAAUUUCCAUGUUCCAGGAGUCCCAAUCUUUUUCUUCCUGGGUGCCCCAAAGAUUUUCAACCUCAGAAUUUUCCAGCCAGCAUCUCUUGGGGAUUGGAGCUGUGAGACUAUAGUUAAGAGAUCGUAGCUUCUCAUAUAAGGAGAAAGCAAGAGGAGAAGAACGGGGGUUCAAAGUUUAUCUUUUCCUAACAGUUUCAGGAAUUCAGUGCACCAAGCGUGUAUGUUCAGAUUGUGUCAAGAAUGAGGCACACAACUGGAAGAAACCAUAUGAACAGCAAAUAUGUUGGGGAGGUUGGGACAGUGACAAAAGCAGUGUAAAAGGGGCCGGAAUAGCUCAGGCUGGUAAAGCCUGUUAUUAAGAACACAAAGCCUGCAAUUACUGCAGGUUCAAGCCCGGCCCGAGGUUGACUCAGCCUUCCAUCCUUUAUAAGGUAGGUAAAAUGAGGACCCAGAUUGUUGGGGGGGCAAUAAGUUGACUUUGUAAAAAUAUACAAAUAGAAUGACACUAUUGCCUUAUACACUGUAAGCCGCCCUGAGUCUUCGGAGAAGGGCGGGGCAUAAAUGUAAACAAAAACAAAAAAAUUCAGAUGUAAAGGCUGUUCUGCCCUGCAGGUGACCUUCAUGGUUCAAGAGCCAUAAGAAGCAAUUAGAUUGAAACAUGUCAGUUUCUACAUUCUCCUCAGAUUUUAUUCCAUUGGUGGUACAUGCUUUAAAACUGGUUCGCCUUCAUAUUAUGGUUGACUUGUGAUUUGAUGGACGUUUUCUUUUCUUGAAAACAAUACGGAACUGAUAAUACCACUGCUGUCUUCUGUGAUUUUUUUAAACUUCUAUACCUAGAAAACAAACACAAGGUUUCCUAGUGGUGCACCAUCCAUUUAAUAUCCUGGACCUGGCAAAGGAAUGUACCUGACCACCCAGGUACAAUAGCGUGUUUCCCUCCUUCGGGGCAAAAGUUUCUUACCUGGGCCAGUACACUGGGUUACCUGGUCCUGAGCCUUCAGUUGCUGACUCCCUCCUCCUUUGAUUUUGUGGACCAGAGUUGUCAAUUUAGUUUGGCUGAGAGCCUGCAACUGGAAGCUAGGUCUCAGAUAACUCUAGGUAGUUUAAAUCAACCGGCACCCCCCCAAGAAUUUACUGAGAAAAGCAACCCCUUGAGGCCCUCAGGCCCCACAUUGAGUGCCAAGAUUGUGAGAUAUAAAACCCCCAAAUGGUAUACUCACAAUGUAAAGACAGAUCUGGUUCACAAUUCAAAGGUUUAUUUCAAAAAGCGUUUGCAAAGGCGGCCUCCAAGUCUCUUCCCAAGCGGAUUCCCGGCGGCGGGGCGUUGUAAAAUGACCGCUCUGAAGCUGGGGCAACCAGACUAAGUUUUCUGUGCAGGAGCGGUGUUUAAACGGAGUGAUGGUACGGAUGAGUGAUUGGCCAACUCACAGGUAAAAAAGAAAAAUUUUAAUACCUUUAAAAAGUGUCCCAGAGCUGAAAUGAACGGCUAAUUGGCACUUGGGAACUUCAACGGAGGGAGAAAAACAAAGAGGAGGUUAAAAUACCAAAGCCCAAGAAAGAAAAUUUUUGACUUUUACAAUUAGAUUUGGAGAAAUUAAAAAUAAGAAAAGAAAAAGAAACGCAAGGAAAAGUACUUUUUAUGUGGAUUUAAAAUAUUUUUGACAGCUUUGACAUUUAGUUAGUCUGAGAAUAUUGUGGAUUUGAGAGAGACAUCUGCUGGUGGAAAAAGAGUACUGGAAUAUUGGUUGGAAGAUAGAAGAGAAAAUAACAGCUGUGACCUUAACUACUAAAAGAUACCUUGAAACUUUAAAUUAAGAAACAAAAUUGAAAUGUUAAAAAGUGGUAUGGAGAUUUUGAGAAAUAUAUUUUGUACAUGGAGAAAUAAAAUAAUUAAUUGAUAUUAUUGUAAGAGAUUAAGAAUUAAGGGUGAAUAGUGAUACUGUUUAUGUAUUAUGUUUUAAGAAGAGAUAAAAAAAUAUGGAAAAAAUAGGGUUGAAAUUGAACAUGUAAAAUGUAUUUGGGGGAAAAAAGAAUAAUAUGAUAGAAGCUGAAAUAACAAGAUAUGGUAAAAAAAUAAUUGAUUUGUGAUAAAGAAUUAUAUAAAAGAGAUGAAAAUGGAAAAAGUAGGAAGAUUGGAAUAUCUUCCUCACAUAUAAGAUGUGAUCCAGUCAACACUGUUCAUAAAAUAUGUAGGAUGGAAGAAAAACUCUAAUAAAACUUGUUUACAAAAAAAAAGUUUGAGUGUACUGUAAGAAGUAAUCAUGCUCCACCCACCCCCGAAUGAAAUAUUUUGGGAAAUUUUCAAAGAGGUAGAAUAUUAAAUUCCCCAAAAGAGGAAUGGAGAAAAAAAAUCUUAACAAAGGCAGAAAGCAGCCCCAACAGCUUCCUGAAAUCUUUAGAGGUGGAUAUUUUGUGCCCAUUAAGAUAUCCAGGCCAGGUAUUCAGAAACAAAAAACCUUCAACUCCAAUUAUGGGAUUAAAAUUUGCAUUCCCCCACCCAAAUUCUAAGGACAGGACCUUUUAGGACAUAAUAGGAUUAACCCACCACCACUGAAAUCACAAAACACAAAAGCCCCUUCAUAGCACAAUCCUUCAUACUUCAAAGUCACAGAAACCUAUAAAGCUCCAUCCACUCAUUCAGCCAUUUUGUCAGCUUUCUCAGAACUACAUGAUGUUGUUGGUUCUGCUCAUCAAUAAACAGAAUCUUUUUCAAUCAGCCUCCAUUUUAUUUCCAGCGUCCUUCUCCCGGCUUGGAACCAAACCAGAUUUUUCUUCCAACAGUAGCCACAUUUAUGGGUGUAUGUAUAAUCUCUCUCCAGGAUUUACAGAUACGUAAUUCUACCAGUAAAAGAGGGGAAUUGGUUUGUUUUUUGACAUGUUGUUUUCAAGAACAACAUGUUGAAAAAUGAAAACCCUUAAAACGGGAGCAGAAAGCUAGGACAUGGAUCCUCCUACACAGCACAACACAUUCUCCACAGGAUUGUGAAGAGACCCUGUAAGUCUACGAUGACCAAACGUCAGAAGGCAUUGAAUUGCUCCUUUGCAAACUAAGACAUUUUGUGAAAAGUCUUGCAGGAGUUGUGCCUUUUGAUACAAUGGGCUAGAAAAGGUGCUACCAGACUCCUCCUAAGGAGUCUUAUAAACCUUUAUAAGGUUUAGAUAUAGACAAAAAGGCAGCAUCUCCAGCCAGGAAUUGCAUGGGUGAAAGAUGGUGGGCCUUGUAGUCCAAUGGCAUCUACAGGUCUGCCUCACCCCUCUUCAACAUCAAUGCAUUUCUAAUUUGCCCCUAUUGCAAAUGGAUUAGCGGAGGCACAUGCAAGUUUCUUUUAUUAUUGCAGUGAUUUUCAGUCUCUAUUUUUUUAAAAUCUGGGUGCUUGCUUUUCAAACCUUGGCUUUUCUUGGGGUUGAUAUGGGUGACUCUCUCUUGCGGGACCCAGAUGGAGGACUUUAGUGUUGUCCAGUGGCACCCCAGUCGCCCCCUCCCUGCAACAGCUUCAGCGAAUGGGUUAAACGCAGGGACCUUUCCUCUUGCGCCUAGAGAGAAGGCAGGAAAAGGGAGCUGGGAGCCCAGUUUCCACUUCCGCCCAUUCCUUUGCCAGGUUAUGCCAGGAUAUGCUGUGGA